AUGAGGUCCCCCAGCAAGCCCGGCGGCUCUUCGAGCAGCCUGGGCAGCUUGCUCAUCGCGUGCGCGGCGACGCUAUUCAUCGCGUCCAGAUUAUGGGUCAGCAGUAGAGAUGUAGUGCACCUGGUGAGCUGCGCCGCCGCUGCCGCCGCGGGAGAGCGCGCGGAGCUGGCGGCGACGCAGGCGCUGGCGGCGCAGGCGGCGGCGGCGGCGGCGGCGGCCAGGCUCUCCGACUCGUCGCCCGCGGGCGCCGAGGGCAGCAACCCGGCGCUGCCGGCCGGCGGCGGCGGCGGCGAGGGCGAGGAGGGGCAGCCGCUGCUGUUCUAUUCUGUGCGCAGCCAGCACCCGCUGGGCAGCGAGGCCGCUGAGCUGGCAGGGCCUCGCCUUGAGGAGGACCCUCUGCCGCUGGGCGUGGACCCUGAGGGCCGCCUGCUGGGGCAGGUCAACUCUGUUGAGGCGGGAAGGGUGCACGGCUGGGCGUGCGUCAGGGGCAGCCUGGCCGCUGACCUGGCGGUGACGGUGUAUGUGGACGGCGUGCGGGUGGGCCAGUCGGCCGCCACGCUGCCCACGCAGGCGCAGCCGGUGCGCCAGCUGUGCCAGCUGGACGCCACCAGCGCGGCGGCGGCCGCGCAGCAGCAGGCGGCGCUCGCCGUGCCGGGCGGCGGCGGCGUGGGGUUUGUCGUGCCGCUGCCGCCGCUGCCCCAGGGACUACACGUGGGCCUGACGUCGCGCGCGCGUCGCGACAUGCUGCGCAAGACCUGGGUGCCGUCUGGGCGGCUGGGCGAGCUGGAACGGGAGCUGGGUGUGCGCAUCCGCUUCUUUGUGGGCUACUCGCAGCAGCGCGGGGACGCGGUGGAGGCUGAGCUGGCGGAGGAGGCGCGGCAGCACGGCGACAUGGAGCGGCUGGCGGUGCAGGACGAGUACGGGGAGCUGUCCCGCAAGACCGCGCGCCUCUUCUCCCAGAUGUCCUCCACCGUGCACGCUGACUUCUACUUCAAAAUUGACGACGACGUGGCCGUCAAUGUGCAAGCGCUGUCAGACUACCUGCGGGAGCGGCGCCAGCAGGGCAACCUCUACCUGGGCUGCAUGAAGAGCGGGGAGGUGCUGACGGACAAGCGGUGGAAGUGGUACGAACCGGAGUUCUGGAGGUUUGGGGACCCGGCCGGCAAGGAGAACAAAGUCAACUACAUGCGGCACGCCAGCGGCCAGAUAUACGGCAUGUCGCGCCCUGUGGCCCGCUACAUCGCACAGAACGAGGCCAUCCUGCACCGGUAUGCGAAUGAGGAUGUGGCUGUGGGCGCGUGGCUGGUGGGGCUGGACAUUGUGUACGACAACCAGCGGCGGCUGUGCUGCGACACAGAGUGGAAGUGCACGCAGCAGAACAACAAGGACAAUGUGUGCCUGGCCUUCUCGGAGAACCACGCGCGGGCCUGGAAGAAGGGCAAGCUGCCGUGGUGGGGGCAGAGCGGGUGGGCGGCCUCGUCCAAGGCGCAGGGCAGCACCGCAGACCUCAAGGACGGCAAGGAGGGAGAGAAGCAGGAGGAGGCGGGCGGCGGCGCAGCGGGCGACAAGAAAGAGGAGGCCGGGGCUGGCGGCGCAGCCGGCGGCGCAGCUCAGGGGGCUGGUGCUGCAGCAGCAGCCGCUGGCAGCAAGGCCGCCGGUGGUUCUGCUGCCGGCGGCGCAGGCCACGGCGCAGGCACCGCAGGCGCAGCCGCUGCAGGCACAGGCGCCGCUGGUGGCGCAGCCCAGGUUGCUGCAGGCACAGCGGGUGCUGCCAACACCGCCCAGGGUGCUGGUGGCGCAGCAGCUGCUGCCAACAGAGCCGCUGCCAUCGGCCAGGCCACGAGGAUCGGCGGGAACGGCGGGGCGGCCGCCGGCGGAGCCACCACAGGCGGCGCGGCAGGCGGCAAGACGGCGUGA